AGGCCAAUUUUACCUGCUGUAAAGGAGCAGCUCCGAAACUGUUCAAGGGGUUGGAUUGGGCUACGGCAAAAUCUACCCCUUUAGAAUAACUAUUUUAUUGUUUGUUUGGGGGUCUGGAGAGACUGGACUUCUCACGGAAAAAGAACAGGGUCACGCACAUAUUAGGCUAUUCAUUUAGGGGAAUUUUCCUGAACUUGCUUAAUCCCCCAAACACUUCUGGAUUUUCACCGCGCAUCUAACACGGUCGAUUUUGACCGCCUGGGACUGUCUACGUCGCGUUGCGGGAGAUCUGCGUUACAAAGAGACCUCUCUAUUUUUAAACGUUUUUUAUUUAUUUUUUUUAAUUUUUUUUACCUUUAUUUAACUAGGCAAGUCAGUUAAGAACAAAUUAUCUUUGAAGGGAUUCACUGAUGUCUGGAUAUUAACUUCCCUUGUUAUUUGAGAACUGUCUGUGAGGAAGACAGUGAAUGUUAUUUUGUUGGUGUUUUUGAACAUUUUAUAGCCGAUUUACAGCAGAAGCGUCACCAUGUUGAGUAACGCUGGAGUCUAUGCUGUCAAAAAGCGGAAGAAGCCCGUUCAGAAAAUCAAGAAAACCCCUGCUCCAGAAGUGGUUAAGUCGAACCCUUCCAAACGCCACCGGGAUCGGCUGAACGGGGAGCUGGACAGGCUGACGGGCCUCCUACCAUUCCCUGAGGAUGUGUGCUCUCGCCUGGACAAACUCUCCGUGCUCCGCCUCAGCGUUGGGUACCUGAAGGUCAAGAGCUUCUUCAAAGCAACCAUGAAGAAAAGCAGUGUCCUGUUUCCCAGUGGGAAUGGGCUGAACAUUAAUGGGAUGGAAGCCACAACCUUCUCCAAGGGGGACCUACUACUCCAGGCUCUGAAUGGCUUUGUGCUGGUGGUCACAGCUGAAGGACAUGUGUUCUAUGCCUCUCCUACUAUCCAAGACUACCUGGGCUUCCAUCAGUCAGAUGUGGUCCACCAGAGUGUGUUUGAGCUGAUCCACACAGACGACAGAGCAAUGUUCAGACGACAGCUUCACUUUGCCCUCAACCCCAAGCCCUUUGACCCAGAGCAGGGAGGAGAUGGCAUGGAAAGCAGCAGUGACAUCACCAGGAACAUUGUGACCUAUAACCCUGAGCAGCUCCCCCCAGAGAACUCCUCCUUCCUGGAGAGGAACUUUGUGUGUCGCUUCCGCUGCCUCCUCGACAACUCUUCUGGCUUCCUGGCUCUGAACUUCCAGGGGCGUCUCAAGUUCCUCCAUACCCAGAGCAUGCUGGGGGAUGACGGGACACGCAACCAGCCCAACCUGGGCCUGUUCACCAUCGCCACCGCUGUCCAGAACCCGUCCAUUUUGGAGAUCAGAACGAAGACAAUCUUCUUCCAGACCAAACACAAGCUCGACUUCACCCCCAUGGGUGUUGAUGCCAGGGGGAAGGUUGUCCUGGGCUACUCAGAGAUGGAGUUGUGUAUGAGAGGCUCUGGUUAUCAGUUCAUCCAUGCAGCUGAUAUGAUGUACUGCGCAGACAACCAUGUCAGAAUGAUUAAGACAGGAGAGAGUGGUCUGACAACAUUCAGACUACUUCAGAAGACCGGGUGCUGGGUCUGGGUCCAGGCCAAUGCCAGGCUCAUUUACAAAGGAGGAAGGCCUGACUUCAUCAUUGCACGCCAGAGAGCUUUGCUUAAUUCCGAGGGAGAGGAGCAUUUACGCCAGAGGAAGAUGCAGCUGCCAUUCAGCUUCACCACCGGGGAGGCCCUGCUGUACGAGACCGGCCCCACUCUGGAUGCCAAUGAAUUCCAAACCAACUCCCCAAAAAUCUGCAAGGUGGAGUCCCUGGACCCCCAGUCUCUGCUGGGCUCCUUACUGACGCAGGACGAGUCCGUCUACACCCAGCCACAGGAGCCUCAGCUACCCAUAGACCAGGCAUUCAUGGACAGCCGAGCGCUCACCAAUGUGGCCUGUAACUCCUGGCAGAGUAGCAUGGAGCCCCAGGGGCCCGACGGGGAUGAUGAUGGUGACGGCCCCAGUGAGGUGAAGCAGAAGGGGGCGGUGGUGUCCAUGAUAGACGCCCUGCAGAAGAUGGCACGAGAUGGGGACCUGUGUGAGGCGCUGCAGGGGCUGGACGUGGACGCGGCCGAGCUGAUGGAAUGGGAGAGUGCCCUCCUCAGGCUGAGCCAGGAAUCCAACGGGACUGGUGGCGGGAAUACCUCCCCGGAGCUGGAUGACAUCAUGACAAACGACAUCUUCUCUUACGUGGAGGAAGCCUUGUUCAAGGAGAGCAGCCAGGGGAGCGGUAACCAGCCCAACUGCUCCAUUAUGGUCAACAACAACCCUAACCUAAACCUGUUCACAGAGAUGUUUAACAACAACAACCAGGAUGGACCAUUCACAGGAAUGGUAAGCCCUACAGGUGUCGGACAGUGCAAGCCCGGGUUGCUUGACAGUCGCAGCUUUAUCCAUAAUGGCUCCCCAGUGAACGGUCAAAUUGGUCAGGUAACAGGCAAUGGACCAGAUGGUUUGGCAGGACAGAACCAGGCAGGACCACACCAGGUGUUCAACAGCACCCAGAGGCUCUCCCACUUUGGCCCCCAGAUCCCUCAGAUGGACCUGAACAUCCCCACCCUGCAGCAGCUACAGCUCAACGACAUCUUCACCCCCUCUCUGGAGCUCCCCGAGCUCAGUAUCCCACACAGCUCAGGCCAGAACGGGGCUGUUACGUUUGGCACCAACAUGGCUGGAUCCUGUGCUCAGGCACCAAACAACCACAUGGGAAGCCCUCAGGGUAUCACUGGCCAGGUCCACUCUAACCAGUCACCUCCACAGUUUUUCACUCAUAAUGGCGUGCCAGCUACAAUGGCACCAAACGGACCACAGCAGAUCUCUGUUCCGCAGUCCAACCAUGUAGCACCUAGUCUGGUGGAUGGCUGGGCAUCCAUGAUUCCCAGUAAUGCCUUUGUUUCACCCCAGAUUGAAUCUAGCGAUCUCAAUCUAUCUAAUCCCCUUCCGACUGCUUGCCUUCAGGGAAACAGUGCACCAUUUCAGUCACUCAAAAUCCAGAGAGUUCGGCAGUGGCCCCAGAACCAGCAGCAGCUGCCACCCCCAGCCAGCACAAUACAGAAUGGAAUAAUGCCAAAUGGACACAAAUUAAUCCCUGACUGUCACAGUCAAGCCACAGAGACCCAAAGGGUCCCUAUCACAGGCCUUUGGCCACAGAACCCCAACAGACUGUACCACCGAACCCAGCAGGGGGGAUUGGCCAAUGGCCAGCCUGCUCCAUCCAGUAGCUGCAUGUUUGAGAACAUCUCACCCCCCCUCCCUAAUGGAAACAGCCACGUGGAUGGCACCAGGCUGGCCCCCACAUUGUCUGUAUGCCAGAGUAGGAUGGUGGACCCCCAGGACCAGAGUCCUCCACAGGGCUCUUGCUACUUCCAGUGGGGCCCCAGUGAGCCGGUGGUGGGCACGUCAGCCGUCAUCCAGGACAACGCCAGCACCAGCCCCCUGUCUCGCCCGCUGGUGGCCAAAAUAACCACCCCUGAGGGCCUACUGGCCAUGCAGCAGUACCUGGCUGGAUGCAGCGGAGUCGGACAGACACAGAUUCCAAGCCUCCCUGUUAUAGACAGCAAUGGAAUAUUCUCUUUACCACCCCUUGUAAAUGGAUCAAUGUGCUUUACAGAGCACAACCAAACCAACUAUUGCAACUUCUAAACAUGCGUCACUUUGCCUUACGAGGUAAAAAUGGCGGACAGAGAGAGGAGGAAGCCAUCCAUGAAUCUAUUCAUCCUUCCGUCUGUACGCUUUCAUAGACAACCCUCUGCCUUAAGAGAUGUCUCAGUGAGGGUGUUGUGAAGACAAGCCAUCCCCUCAUCAUGUGUGGUCAAACACACCAUCCAUCUCCCUAUAUCAGUGUUUGCAGUAAAUACAAGGACUCCUUUAAUUACCCCUUGUCAAUUUUGUCAGCAAUGGAACAAAAAGCAGCAACUUCAAAUUGAACUGGUUUUCUUUGUAUUUUUGCAUUGUCUUCUGUUUUGUUUGCUGAUGCCUUGUCUUUGUUUUUAUUACUGUGUAACAACAGUUUCUGUCACAACUUGUUUGUUUAAUUGCCUUCAGUGAUAUGAAUGAAGUAUGAAUCCUCACUAGUGCAUUUGGCUUGCGUUAUAAUGGAGCAUUACAUGGCUUUUUAAGGUCAUGACCAAUUCCCAAAGUGAUAUUCUAAUGAAGCAAGCCGUAUUAAUUUCUUUUUUUACGUUUGUUUCUUGUGCACUUACGUUAUAGUCGGAUGGUGAUAGGACACCAUUCAAGUUUUCACUCAUGGGAAAACAAAACAAAAUACUAAAAUUGUACACAAAAAUAAAGUCAUAACAAACAUUUUUGUAUGGAGUGUAAAUACAGAAAUUGAAUCUAUAUUCUUAUAUAAAGAUAUUAUG